GGUAGACAGGCGAUAAGCCGUCGUAUCACAAUGCGCAUCAUCAAGUCCGUUCGUCCCGGCACGCGUAGAACAAAUGGACGUAUAAGUUCAAGUCGACCGACACCGGCUCUUUGUGAAUCCGGCUAAGGUCCCUAUCAUCACAUACCACCAGUACCUCACAAUGGUUACUGUUGCAGUCGCCGGUGGCACUGGCCAUGUGGGCAAAACGAUUGUUGAAGAGUUGAGAAACAGCCACAAGCAUAAAGUGAUUGUGUUGAGUCGUACAAGCACCCGCCCCGACAACCCAGUCAUUCCCGAGAUCGUCGUCGACUAUGGCAACGUUGAGCAAGUGACCAGGGUACUGGACACCAACAACGUUCACACGGUCAUUUCGACUAUUGCCGUCUUGAAUGCGGCUACUGGCCAGUCGGAGCUUGACCUGGUGGCCGCGGCAGCCAAGUCGUCCGCAACCAAACGCUUCAUUGCAAGCAAUUGGGGUGGUGUUUUUCCCGCAGAUGAGUCGUUACGAAUUCCUUUCCAACACUUUCGUAUGGCUACUCUUCGGGCGCUUGAGGAGACCGAUUUGGAAUGGACUCAAUUCCAGAAUGGAUAUUUUGUCGACUACUAUGGCAUGCCAUACGUGGAAUCGAAUCUUAAACCAUUGACUUUUGUCUUGGACGUCGCCAACAAGGCCGCAUCUAUUCCGGGAACUGGCAACGAGACCAUGACUCUCACGUACUCCAAAGACUUGGCCAAAUUUGUCGUUGCGGCGCUUGAUCUGCAAAAAUGGACGUAUCCGAUGAUCUGCUACAGUGACAAAACCACCUGGAAUAAAGCUGUAAGCCUAGCCGAAGAAUACAGAGGUAUGCACGCCGCGGAGGUGCAGAUUAUGUCCGAGCUCACGACUGCAGGUACCAAGUUCCAGGUCGCUUACGAUUCGAUCGAAAGGCUUCGGAGUGGUGAGAUUACCGAACUACCAGCUCACGCAUCGGCGUACUCGUUCAUUUCAAGGCCUGCCCUAUAUGAUAUCCAGUCCAAGUUCGGGCUGUACGUUGCGUACGGGUUGUUUGAUGUUCCCGAGGAAGGGUCUCUCAACAGGCUAUUCCCGGAGAUCAAGACCACCAAGGUUGAAGAAAUUAUUGGCAUGUGGAAGGAUAAAUGACCGUACUUCAAACAGCCGGACUGCUGUGCCGGAGC